AUGGUCUUGAGGUUGAAUGAAAAUGCGGAUAAAAAUCAUGUAUCAAGGCCACGCUCAUACAUUAUCACUUUCACGAUUGUAACUCGGAUUGCCAAUUCAACGAGUGAACUUAUCAAUUCGUAUUGCUGGUAUAUCCACAAAAUGAUCAAUGAAAAUGGAGCAACUAAUAACAAGGCGAAUAUCAUUACAAAAUUGUAUCCUUUCGGUUUUUGGCAAGAUGCAACAGAACUUGGGCACAUUGCUGGAUUAUUAUGUCUCAGCAACCUUCUUUUCCCAUUUAUGAUCACAACCGUAUCUAUCGCUCUAAUGGGGAGUGUAGGUCAAGCAGAGCUGAAUGCGAGCACAUUGGCUUUUGCUGUUUGUGGACUCGUAGGCAAAGCGGUGACCGCCGGUCUUAACUUUGGGUGUGAUACUUUACUGCCACAAUAUUUCAGCGGGAAGAAGAGUGGAAUGGGCAUCAUUCUACAGCGUGGCGUACUAAUUACGUGCUUGGGUUCUUUACUCUCAUGGUCGUUGAUGUUGAAUGCAAGAUAUGCACUUCGAUGGAUUGAGCAUGACCCACAUGUGAUAACACUUACCAAUACUUUUCUACAACUCUACUUGCCUGUUGUUCCGUUGGAUGCAGUAAUAUCCCUGUUACGCAUGUAUUUAGCAAGUUGCGGAAGAACACAUCCAAUCGUCAUUAUUUUUGCCAUUGGCAACGUGAUUCACAUUAUAUCUUUGUAUAUUUGCCUGUAUUACCUCCAUAUUGGCCUUCAUGCAGUACCAAUAUCAGCCAUCGUGUCAUAUACCACCAUAUUGCUAGCCUUCGUGACCUAUAUACGUUCUUCGACGCUGUAUGAGGAAACGUGGCGUCCAGUAACUCGUGCCUGUCUUCGAGAGUGGGACACAUAUCUUAAGUUGGCUGUCCCAGGUGCGUUUUCAAUCUUUAUUGAAUAUUGGUCCGUCGGUUUGAGCGUCCUUUUUGUGGUUAACUUAGGCCCUGAUUCUCUUUCGGCACAAGUUAUAGUGCAGCAAACAAUAUGGUUUAUCUUACAUAUUAUGAUAUCGAUUAGUGAUGCAGGUAACAUUCUUAUCGGACGACAACUCGGUGUCAAUCAAACACAGAGAGCGAUUCAAGUAAAAAAUGUCGUUUACACACUCACCUUAGCUGCAUUGUCGAUCACUACAUGCUUCGUUGUCCUCGGUCGUGCUUGGAUCCCAAUCAUCUAUAAUGUACCGACAAGUGCUCAGUCGCUGGCUCAAAAUGCCCUCCUGUUGGCUGCUAUUGUUAAUAUCUUCGAAGGUUUGUAUGUUGUUCAAACUGGCAUAAUUCGAGCAUGUGUUUGGAUACCUGACAAUUUAAACUUGAAUCUUCAACAUACUUUUGACGCGCCUUUCGUCGCAAAUCUUGGUCGUGAUUUGAAAUCUCAUGAUCUCGAGCUUUAUCAUACUUGUCAUAAAUAA